AUGAAGCUCACAAUCCUAGCGACGGUCUCUGGACUGCUCAUGCUCGCUCAUGCCAGCGCGAUUCCCUCGAACCCGCAAUUGGCGGACCUGAUGGACCUGCUGGAGAAGCGUGAUUUCGGUGGACUCCAAUUGACUGGAUGUGAUCUUAGCAAGGCGACGUUACCGAAAUCAGAUGGUUGCUAUAAUCCCCCCCCCCUCCCCAUCCCUGGACUCGGUUCGUGGAAAUAAAAGGGCUAAUGAUUGUUUUAUCGGUUGGUGCAGGACCAACCCUUCUCCCGGAUCCAGAACCGGGCCUGUCACUGACAAACGUGGUCCUGGGCCGGGGCACACAGAACUACACCUGCGCCGAUAAUACCGAAAAUUCCACACCUGUGCCCCAAGGCGCCGAAGCGAUCCUUUACGAUGUCUCCUGCCUAGCCGUGAACCACCCCUCCCUACUCCACGAACUCCCGGACGUCCUGGUGCAACUCCAAUCUUCGGUGCAAUACUACUUGACCGCCGUCUUCCAGCGCCUCUCGAAGGAGAAGGUUGUGGUGGGCCAUCACUUCUUCACCCCGGACUUUAGCACCCCCGUAUUCGACUUUCGCAUCACUCCGGACGUCAAGAGGUACUUUAGCGGGAAGAGGGAUGCUGGCGUGCCGGCGACGGCGUACGCAAGCAAGGGCUCGCCGGGACAGCAAUACGGAGCGGUGGACUGGGUGAGGCUGACGGCGGAUGAGAGGGCUGUGGAUUCGAAAUUGGCGUAUAGGGUGCAUACUGCUGGGGGAAAGGCGCCCCCAAAUUGCAAGGGACAGGAGAAGCAUUUCGAGAUAGACUAUGCCACCGAGUACUGUUUGUUUUGCCCCUUCCUAGUUAUCACCGUGCAUCGGUGUUUUUUUUCUUCUUCUUCCGGCUGCUAGGGAUGAAACGGUGGCUAAUGCGACACUGCGGAUAGGGUUCUACAACUAAACUGCUCCAGCUACCGACGAUUCAAUUGUAUGA